AUGAAUCGUCCAAAUUGGUUUUAUAUACUAUAUUUAACUGUUAUUCAAUUUGUCAUCUAUGGAGUUUGUGAAGAGUUAUCUGUUAGUCCUAUCGCUCAAGCACUACGUGUUCACGAAUCUGGAAUUUUUGAAUGUUCUUUCGAAAACUCGUCCUAUAAUUCAGAUUUAAGAUGGAUAUUGUUUGAUGGGACAGUUCUAUUAAAUGGUAACACAUCAGAAGAUGGUCGAUUUAUUAAUGAAGAUGGUAUCCUAAAAAUGACUAAUCUUACUAUACCUGAUUCUGGUGAAUAUAACUGUAAAAAUCUUGAAAUCAAUACCACUGUUACUGCUCAUCUUAAAGUGUAUAUUAUGCCAUCUUAUUUGUUGGAGGGAUCCAUUGUUCUUGCUAUUAAUUGUAUUCUCUUGAUUUUAUUCAUUUAUUCAAUGAUAAAAACAUACCGAGAACAAAAUAUCAAAGAUAGUAUGCAUGCUUUCUAA